AUGGCGAUGAUGAUGACUGGCCGUGUGCUGCUGGUGUGUGCCCUCUGCGUGCUGUGGUGCCUCACUGUUUUUGGAGCUGCAAGGGACAACCGCUGCGUUGAGGGUGAUGGGAACGUAUUGACGCACACGCAUAAUGGAGGAAAUGACAGGGUGCGCCUGAAGGCGGGUUGCGGGUUGAUUUCUACGCGAAUGGGAUUAAUAAAGGCGGUUGCGGCUGGGGACGACGGUAGAGAUGAAACUGGUAAUGCCGUAUUGGAAAAGACGGUUAAAACAGCGCCUGGUGGUGAGGCCGCUGGUAGUGAGGACAAUGAAGCGCCUGGUGCAAAGGAUGGAAUGGUGCCGCAAGUGCAGAAAAACAUCCCUGCCGGCGUCUGGGCCUGGAGUG